AUGUCUCCAAAGGGCGGAGCCUGUAGCGCCCUGCUGCACGGGGUCUCCCACCAGGUUCAGAUCUUCAUGAACGUUCCUCACGUCCACGAGCCUCAGAGGUUCAGAGGUUCAGAGGUUCAGAGGUUCAGAGGUUCAGAGGUUCAGAGGUUCAGAGGUUCAGAGUUACUCCUCACCUCCUACCUCCUCACCAUCAUGUACUGCUGUGUCGUCUAUACGUGUAACGAGGCGUCGUAUCUCGCUGAGAUGUUCGGUCCGUUCUGGAUGAUUAAAGUUUAUCGAUACGAGUUUCAGAAAGCCUCCUGCUGCUUCUGCUGCCCCCCGCAGGACGCAGUGGAGCAGGAGGACAUGUUGGGGGCGGAGUCUGGCGUGCAGCGUGUGCGUCAGAACGAGUGCGGCAGAGUCGUUUACAGUUACUCCUUUUUUCACUUUGGAUUUUUUCUGGCGUCGCUUUACGUCAUGAUGACGCUCACCAACUGGUUCAGUUACGAGUCGGCCGUCCUGGAGACGACGUUCACUCACGGGAGUUGGUCGACGUUCUGGGUGAAGCUCACUUCCUGUUGGGCGUGUGUGGUUUUGUAUCUGUGGCUCCUAUUGGCUCCUCUGUGCAGCUGUCAAUCAAAGCCCCGCCCCCGACGAGCGCGAAUCAAACGGCGGCGUGCGCGUCACAUGACCGUCAGUGUCUGAAGUCCCGCCUCUAACAGGAAGUGACAUAAAGAGACUUUUUAAAGUGGGACUCUCCUGUCGCCGGGCGGAUUUUACUCGGAAAUGUUCCAGAGUGUAAAGCCCAGAGACAGAGGCGGUCGCCGCGGCGACGCUCAGAGACGAGGACCGGCCCACUUUUAAAACGUUUAGAGUCGCCUGUCGCCGGGCAGAUUAGAGACAUGAACAGUUUUUAUGUUUUAUUAAAGUUGAAAAAAGAAACAAAAAAGUUUGAAUCUGUUCAAAUAUUUUCAGAAAAUAAAGUUUUAUUUAAACAUUAGAACAAAGUGAGUCUGUCGCCGAUUUUAGUUUCAUUUUAUAUUUAAAUGUGAAGGUGAUUCAGGACAGAGACAGC